AUGGUCUCUUCUGACUUUGCAGACAGGCCUCACAAGAAACUCGUCUUGUUCGAUGUUGAUGGCCCUCUCACUCCUGCUCGCCAGGCUGCACACCCAGACAUGAUCAACGCUCUUCGAGAACUCAGGAAGAAAGCGGUCAUUGGUUUUGUUGGGGGUUCUGAUCUUGUCAAGAUUUCUGAGCAGCUGUCUGUCGCGGGCAGUAAAGCCAUUGACAACUUUGAUUAUGCAUUUGCUGAGAACGGAUUGAUCGCGUACAAAAUGGGUAAACCGCUUGCAUCUCAGUCAUUCAUCAAGCUUCUGGGUGAAGAGAAAUAUAAACCCCUCGUCAACUUUAUACUCCACUACAUUGCUGACUUGGAUAUACCCAUCAAACGCGGGACGUUUGUGGAAUUUAGGAACGGGAUGAUCAAUGUCAGUCCUAUUGGUCGUAACGCAACCAUUGCAGAACGACAUGAGUUCGAGGCGUAUGACAAGGUGCAUGGUGUCAGAGCGGCAUUCGUCAAGGUACUGAAGGAAAAGUUUCCCGAUUACGGAUUGACGUUUUCCAUCGGUGGACAAAUAUCCUUCGAUGUAUUCCCAACGGGCUGGGACAAGACGUAUUGUUUACGCCAUGUCGAAGAUGAAGACUUUGAAGAGAUACACUUCUUUGGUGACAAAACUCACCCGGGAGGUAAUGACUAUGAAAUCUUCCUCGACGAAAGAACGAUUGGACAUACCGCUCAGACGUACCAAGACACGAUCGACGUGUUGAAGAAACUGUUUCCUUGA